AUGGGGGACAGAAACGUCCCGCCUGCAACACACCUCAGAGGUCAGUUGAGCUCUAAUCUCACCAAGCCUCUUCUGGCAGCGGCGUUCCUGUCUUCAGUCGGCAGCUCGUUGCUCUACGGCUACAAUUUGGCAGUCGUCAACUCUCCUGCACUGUACAUUAAGGACUUCUACAACCAGACAAUAGUGGAAAGUUAUGACCAUUUUCCGACGGCAGAGUUCAUCACCGUGGUCUACUCUCUCACUGUGUCCAUCUUUGCUGUUGGCGGGAUGAUCGGAGCCUUGCUCGUGGGCAGACUUGUCACCAAAUAUGGAAGGAGGGCAACACUGGUGAGAUCGACUGUGCUGGUGUUUGUAGGAGGAGCUCUGAUGGGCUUCAGCAGAACAUUUAGGAGUCCUGCCAUGGUCGUCACUGGACGCUUCUUCACAGGUGUCCACUCAGGUAUCUCUCUCAGUGUGGUGCCGAUGUACCUCGGAGAGAUUGCUCCAAAGAAUCUGCGAGGCUUCUUGGGGCUCGUGCCGAGCAUCCACAUUUGUCUUGGAGUCUUUAUCGCUCAGGUCCUGGGACUCCAUGAACUGCUGGGAAAGGAAGAGCACUGGCCUCUUCUUCUUUCCCUGGUGGUCUUUCCGACCUUCUUCCAGUUGAUGCUGUUGCCAUGGUUUCCAGAGAGUCCUCGGUACCUGCUGAUAGAGAAGGGAAACGUGCAUGCCACUAUCGCAGCCCUGAAAUGGUUCCGUACUGAAGGAAACAUUGAGGCAGAGGUUGAAGAAAUGCAGGAGGAGCUUCGUUCACUGUCCUCCAUCCAGGCUUUCUCUGUCUGGGGUCUGCUCACUGACCGUCGUGUUCGCUGGCAGGUCAUCACCAUCAUGGUCAUCAACAUUGGCAUGCAGCUGUCUGGUAUCGAUGCAAUCUGGUUCUACACAAACGAGAUAUUUCGGAACGCGGGAAUCCCAGACCCUCACAUCCAGUACACCACUGUGGGAACGGGUGCCGUGGAGGUCGUCUCCGGGAUGCUGGGGUGUUUCACCAUCGACCGCGUGGGCAGACGACCUCUGAUGAUUGGCGGGUUCCUCUUCAUGGGAUGCUGCUGCGCUGGGAUCACAGUGUCCAUCACCUUCCAGGUUCACAUCCCCUUCAUGCAUUACGUCAGCGUCGGCUGUGUGGUCGGGAUUAUUGCUGGUUUCUGCAUCGGACCAGCUGGAGUUCCCUUCCUGAUCACCGCAGAACUCUUUAAGCAGUCGCACCGUCCGGCCGCCUACACAGUCGCAGGAUGUCUUAACUGGUUGUCCAACUUCACCAUUGGCUUCGUCUUCCCUUUCUUAGAGGUUGGUAUGGGUCCUUACUGUUACCUGAUCUUCUGUGCCGUCUGCAUGGGUGUGGCUCUCUACACAUUCUUCAUCAUCCCAGAGACCAAGAAUAAAACCUUUGUGGAGAUCAGUCAGAUGUUUGCUCACAUGAGCAGCGUCCCCAAAGAGGAGGACUCUAACAAAUUUGGCAUCAGUCAUCUCACCAUGACCGUGAUGAACAGCUACGGAACCAUCAGCCACUGGGAUGGAAACUAA